AUGCUAAGUGUUACGAAUUAUUUCUUUAAAAAUGUGGUUUUAAAAGAGAAAACGCGCUUCAUGAAAUAUAAUAUACUGAAAAGAACUUACUCAAGAAUAACAAGUGUAAAUAUAAAUAAUUGGAAUAAUAUACAUAAAGAAAUACUAAGUAAGAUUCAAGAAAGUGAUUUUGUUUCUAUUGAUGUUGAAUAUACCGGAUUGCAUUUAAAAGAUGAGAGAUACAUAUCCAUUGAUUCAAGUUAUGAAGCUCAUUGUUAUGGGGCUAAAUCUUUUUUCCCCUGUCAAAUAGGAAUAACAAUUGCCAAGAAAAAGGAUAUAACAACCCAUGACAAAUGUAAUGAGAUUAAAAAUAAUAUGAUAAAAAAUAAAAGCAUACAUAAUAUUAAAGUUUUUGAAAAUAAUGAUAAAACUAACAAAGUUUCCCCUAUGAAAAAUGAGCAAGAGUGGGACAUAUCGCCAUAUUGCAUAUAUAUAUUCCCAAAAGAAAAUAAAUAUUUUAGUGUCUCUACUUCAACACUUAUAUUUUUAAAAGAAAAUAAUUUUGAUUUUAAUGAAUGGAUAUUCAAUGGUGUAAGUUAUUUAAGACCAAAUGAAGAAGACGAAAAAAAAAAACAUAUUUUUGAAAAAAUUGAUGGAUUAAAAAACUUACUUAAUAAGUGUAACACAAAGAAGGAUUAUAAUAAAGAAACUGAAGAAAAUAAAAUAGAUAUAAAUAAAAUUAUUAACGAAAUAGAAAAUUAUAAAGCUGUAGAUGAUGAAGAUAAACAAGCAGUUAUUGAAAUCGUAAAAAAAAUUGGUAUAUGGUUAUCUAAUGACAACGAAACUCAAUUUAACAAUACUGCUAAGGAUGAGCUAAAACAUGCAAGCCUAUCUAAUUCAUUCUACAAAAGUGUUGACGAUAAAAAUAGUAUCUCUGAGACUUUUAUAGCAAAUGAUAAAAUUUUUGAUAAUAGCCAUAAACCUUUGCAUAAUUUUACUGAAGGGGAUGAAAAAUUUUCAGAAAGUUCCAAAGAUUUGAAUUGUGGUAAUAACAUAGAAUAUGAUAAAUGCCCCUUAUAUAUUGAAAUAGAAAAUCCAUAUCUCAGAUUACUUGCACACACAUUAAUUACAAAAUAUUUUAACUCGAUUUUUUGUAUAUCUGUUAAAUUGAAUGAUAAGAAAAAUUUAGCAAUAUAUAAAACAGAAAAAGAUUCUUAUAAUGAACAAAUAAAAGCAUUGCAAAUGGAGAUAGAAAAAAUAAAUGAAACUAUUGGUGUUAGAUUAUUAUUUGAUGAAAUUAUAAAAAGUAAUAAAAUAUUAAUUGGGCAUAACUGUUUUUACGAUAUUUUGCAUAUAUAUCAGACAUUUUAUCAUGAAUUGCCCGAUUCGAUUCAUGCUUUUAAAAGAAAAUGGACGGAAUUAUUUCCAUAUACAAUUGAUACAAAAUAUAUGAAUGAAACAAAUGAGUAUUUAUAUUCAUUAAAUGGCCCUGCAACAUUAAAAGGGUUAUGUGAGUAUAUGGCGUCAUUAAUUUCUUCAAGUAACGAUUUUGAUUUUUUUUUUAAUUUUCUCAAUGGGAAUAUAAUAGACAUUCAACAAUGUCUUAUUCCCUUUGUAAAAGAUGAAAAAAGGGAAACAAAUUCGUCUGGAGAAAAUUGUAAUGAACAACCAAAUGGCGCCAAAAAUAAUAAUGAUGAUGAGAAUAUAGGGGUCGAAGGGAAAGAAAAUGACAAAAAUAAGUUAGAAAAUAAUACUUCGUACAAAGACGAUGAAAAAUUUUAUAAAGAUACAAACACAUUGAAUGAUAAUGCAAAUGUGCUAAAGAGCGAUGAACAUAAUGCAGGCUAUGACAGUCUUUUAACAUGCCUUCUUUUUAUAUUUCAAUGCCAUUAUAUUUUAAAAAAAUAUAAUUUAUCAUGGAAAAACAUUUAUUUUACUAAUACAAAUAUUAUGAAUGAAAAUAAAAAGCAUUUUUUAGAUAUAUUUUCAAAUAUGUGCAACAAAAUAAAAAUUGUUAAAACACAACCAAAUGUUGUUUCGUUAACGAGUUCAGAAAAUUAUGAAAUGGCAAGGCAUUUCUAUAUGUAUGAUUAUCCAAGUUAUUUUAAAAAAUGGGAAAUAAUGAAAAUAUGGUCACCCAUUUGGAUAACCUUGAGUAAGGUAGAUGAUCAAUCAUGCUGGGUCAUAGCAAAAAGUGAUGACGAUGCAAAAAAUAUUAAAAUGAUUUAUAAAAUGUUGCAGAAUCCUCAAUUCAAGUUAUGCACAUAUGAAGAAUAUUUGAAUAAAUUUAAAUCUAAAUGA